AUGUCUGUAGACAGCCACGUCAUUGAAUCGCACACUGAUGUGCUCAUCGUUGGCGCUGGGCCCUCGGGCCUCACGGCGGCCUAUUGGAUGGCACGUUAUGGUAUACGAGCAAGGAUCAUUGAGAAGAGAGAGACAAAGAUUUUCACUGGCCAUGCGGAUGGAAUUCGUAUGAGAACAAUGGAGCUUUUUGAUAGCAUGGGAAUUCAACAUCUGAUCGCUCAAGAGGGCCACUCAGCUGUUGCACCUGGGUUUUGGAUACCUGGUGAAGAUGGAAGCUUGAUCCGCAAGGGGUCUAUGAUUCCUGCACAAGUUUUUGAGUCGCCGUUUCGGCAUAUGCUGCUGGAUCAAGGACGAAUAGAGCGAAUCAUGAUUGAUAAGAUUCGAGAACAUUCUGAUAUAGAAGUGGAGCGUGGUGUUAUUACCGAAUCCCUGGAGUAUGAUGAAUCGUUGGACCAUGAUCUCAACGCUUAUCCUAUAUCUGUCAAAAUACGUACCUCUAGCCCCGAAAAAGAAAUCACGAUUCCAGGUAACUUGCGCCGUGAUGAGUGGGAAGACAUAAUCCGGCGGAGCCAGAAGCAACAAGCAAAAUGCGAAAUUAUCAAAGCCAAGUUCAUUAUCGGCUGCGACGGCGCCCACAGCUGGACCAGAAGACAAUUGAAUGUUCCAUUUGAAGGAGAAAGCACUGAGCAUGUUUGGGGCGUGAUUGAUGUCGUUCCACUCAGCAAUUUCCCCGAUAUUCGUCGCCUCGGCACCAUAACCAACGUAGCCGGCACACUCCUACUCGUUCCCCGCGAAAGAAACCUGGUACGGUUUUACGUUCCAGUACACGUCAUAAACGACCCAGCGACAAACGGAAGAUAUAAUCGAUCAGAGGUCACAGCUGAAAAGAUCAAGGCGCGUAUCCAGGCGAUUCUUUCUCCAUACACAUUUGACUUCAAAAUUAUCGACUGGUGGACCGCAUACCAGAUCGGCCAGCGCAUUGCGCCAUCCUUCGCCAAGGGUACCAGAGCCUUCCUUGCGGGUGAUGCGGUACACACACAUUCACCAAAGGUUGGUCUGGGAAUGAAUAUCAGUAUGCAAGACGGGUUCAAUAUUGGCUGGAAGAUUGCGCUUGUUGUAACGGGCGUUGCCGAUCCUGCUAUUCUGAGCACGUAUAACACGGAACGGCAUCGUCUCGCAGAACUCUUGCUUGAGUACGAUAAAUUCUGGUCGGUAUAUUUCACAGACGAUGCAAAACCACAGGAGAAUGGAGGGCCAGAUAAGAAUGAUGAGAUGAUGAAGAUCGUGGAGAGAUACCAGGACUUCUCGGAUGGGGUCAAGGCAUUCUAUGGCGAGAGUGAGCUGGUAUCUAAGGCUGGGAUUGAGACAGGGCCCUUUUUUGCUACUAAGCUUGUCCCUGGAGAGCGGGUUUUGCCAUCAAAGCUGCGUCAGCAUGCAGAUGACACUAUGGUAUGGAGCAUGAGAAUGAUGAAAAGUGAUGGGCUACUUCGAUUGGUUGUUCUUGCGGGAGACAUCCGCGACCAAGAGCAGAAGAGACGUGUUGACACCCUUGGCCAUUAUCUGGCGGGCUUGAAUAAGUCUAAGCCGUCUAUUUUGACUCGCUAUGCCCCGAUCCCGGGUGUUGGUAAAAUAAUCGAUACGUUGACUAUCCAUAGUGCUCCUUGGAAUGAGGCAGAGUUCUUUGAUUUCCCAGAGAGCCUGCGACCAUUUGAUCCAGUAAUGGGCUGGGGAUAUGAUAAGAUCUGGUGUGACCAUGCUUGUGCCUGGGAUCACGAAGUUGAUGGAAAGGCGUAUGAGAGAUGGGGUGUCGAUCGCGUUCGUGGUGCAAUGUUUAUUUUGCGACCAGAUCAAUACAUCGGGUGGGUUGGCGAGCUGAAAGAUGUGGAUGAAGUGACUAGAUACUUGGAUGGUUUCUUGACCCAAAAGCCUGUUUCAGUUCUAGGUAAUGGUACUACUGGUCUCUGA